AUGGUGCCUGCUGAACUCUUUCUUUGUCGGAAGAGAGCGCUUGCAGCUCUCUGCUUGGGCCUUUUGCUCAGUGAAGACGAGAAUAGGCCUCGAAAACGAAAUCGGAAAAUUUACAUGCGACAAUGGAUUUCCCGGAGAGAGGAGAGAGACGCUUUUCACCAGCUAAUGAGAGAGCUUGAAUUGCGGGAUGUCUUGGCGUACAAAGAGUUUUUCACUAAGAUGAAGGAGCAAUUUUCCUUUCUGUUGGGAAAAGUAUCCCUGCUGAUCCAAAAGAAAGAGCAGCCAUCACCCAUCAAUUCUGUCCGGGCAACAAUACAGCCAGAUGAAUGCCUAGCUGUAACGUUACGGUAUUUGGCAAUGGAAGAAACUCAUCAUUCCCUCGAGUACUCGUUCAGAAUUUCACGCCAAACAAUUUCUCUCAAUCGUGUCAGAAACAAGCCGUGCCCUGUACAAGAAUAUCUAAAAGUACCAAACACUGAAAGUGAGUGGGAUGCAGGGGCAGAGAAAUUCGAGGCAAGAUGGCAUUUUCCAAAUGGUACCGGCGCUGUAGACAGAAAACGUGUCAUCGUUCAGCAGCCAUCUAAUUCUGGCUCUGAUUAUUACGAUUACAAAGGGAACAACAGCAUUGUUCUCCCUGCUGUGUUUGGGCCUGACUACCAGUGCCUUUGGGCGAGUGCUGGAACAAAUGGUCGUUCGCCAGACUCUGCCAUAUGGCAAAAUUGUGACCUCAAAAAGGCACUGAGUUUAAGUCACAACACUUUGAAUUUACCAAAGCCCAGAGCCUUGCCAGAGACGGCAAUGCCAGUGCCAUAUGUCCUAACAGGAGACAGUGCCUUUGCCUUGACAAGACUUAUGAUGAAGCCUUUCCCGCUGACAGGAUUGUCAAGAGGACAACGGAUUUUCAAUUACAGGUUGUCACGCAUGUGCAGAAUUUCAGAAAAUCGUUUUGGUAUCAUUGCGAACAGAUGGAGGGUGUUUCGUGCUCCAAUUCUCUUGCCUCCAUACACAGUCGUCGACUUGAUUUUGGUGGCAUGCACUAGUGCUGCAUAAUUUUCUAAGAGUAAAUGGAAUGACAGAUCAAGAAGACGAGGAAGGCAAUGUGCUCCCUGGGCCUAAUGGAGGUGCAACAGCAGUGAGCCGUCAUCAUGGUUUGACUAUCAUCCUCAAUGCAACAACAAUUACUCCACUGGAACUGGGGUAAUUAGAGAAGAGUACAUGGUUUAUUUCAUGAAGGAGAGAGUAGUACCAUGGCAGUGGAGACUGUGUUUGAACUGGUGUGAAUCUUAUGUACAAUGAAAGCCACUAAGCCAUGAACACAAAAUGUUUUAGAAUUAUGUUUAUUGUUUUGCAACCAAUCUGAAGUGAGAUGAAAGGCGUAAAUUAGACAUUCAGUAUUGCUAAAUAAGAAUUGGCUUAGCUUUUUCUUUCUUUGGUGACUUCUAGUUCUCAACUGAAAGAUGAUAGUGAUACCAUUUCAGUGAUAUUUUCAUUCCUAAUUAUGCCUAUGUUUAUGAAAAGGAAAAGUGUGAAAUAGGUAGCUAACAUAGCUAUAGCACCUGUUACAUAUUUCUAUAUUGCAGUUAGUUCAGUUCAUUUCAAUAGUUUUAAAAUGUGCAUGUUGCGUUAAGUUUUUCCAGCUUGCCUCUAAUGUCAUUGUAAUAAGAAGAGGAGUGAACUGUUCUGUCUUCAAUGUGCCCUCUACAAAUUUAUGUCCACCUCAUUUCACUUAAUGAUUUUCCAUCAUGGUUCAUGACAAUAACUCUAUCAAGGCAGUUAGCUUUGUGACAAAACAGUGUGUUUGCUAUCUGUGCAGAAAUAAUCUUUCGUGGUUUCAUAUGCAAUAUAUAUGGACUGUAUUACAUAUUAAGACAACAUUUCAUGCCCUUUUCCAGGUGCAGUGUUGUUUUGAGUAUUUUUCCAUCUCAAAAGGCAGCUGGAAAGAUACAAAUUAAUGAGUUUAUUUUUGAACAUUGGUGCUGUACAGCAAUAUCUUUCAGAUGAGUUAAGUAGGAUUGUUUUCAGUACAUAUUAUGUUUACCAUUUGCACAGGUACCAAUGGCUAUAAGAAUCAUUUGAUACAUACUUUUUGCUGAUCUGUAAGACUUUUACAGUAGAAGCAAUACAUAUCAUAAAAUACUUCAAGAGACCAUUUUUUAAUUAACAGUAACUUAUUAUAAAUGAGACCUUAAGGUCCUUCUAAGCAUGUACCAUUUCAAUAAGGUACUUACUGAAAUAGAGUAAUCUUUAUACAACAGUGUAGAUUUGAAACUUUAUGUCUUACAGGAAAUGGACUUUA